CGAGUGUCCGGAGAUAAGAUCAGAUUCCCGUGAGCCUCCGGCGGAUCAACACGUUCGCAAGCGCCCCAUGUCCUGGCUUCGUGGAGGGGCGCAGGAGUGGAACAACCAAUUCCGGGACACUUUGAACCGCGCCGCCAGCUCAGUACAGCGCCUGGCCGAGCAGGCGGAGCUCCACCAGCUGGGCGAGCAGUUCCUGGCCUCGGCACAAACUUUGGCGGAGCAGGGCGAGGCUGCCUGGAGCAAUGUCGCAGACAAGGUGAGUGGAGGUGUGUCAUCUUUGGGGCUCACAGAGGACUCCCCAAGGAAGUCCUCCGACUUAGCGCAGCAGUUUGUGCGAGAAGCGAAGCAGCUAGAGUCAUCAGGCACCACCCGGUUGAUGCUGGCCGAUGUGGCUCAAGUCCUACACACCUGGCAGGAGCGGUUGCACUCGGGAGACAGUCCGAAGCGUUCCCCGAUGUCACCCUCGCCGUUGAAAGUCUUGCUGCAGAGCAAAGCCCUGCUGAUCGCUAUGAACUCCCUGACUCGUUCGCGUGCAGGCCGCGUCGUGAUUAGUGCAGCGGCAGAUUCCAAGUCAGGCGCGAACCGGCCGGCCCUCGAACAUGAUGCCGCCAACAGUUUCAAGGACAUCUUGCAGCGCUCGACCGCGGUCCCGGCGCCCUUGGUCAAGCAAUUGCUCACCUUGCUGUCUGAAGCAGCAGAAGAGAAUUGCCAGGCCCGGCGUGAAGGGGCUGCCUCCAUGAUCGAUGCUGCUGCGCAGGACCUUCAUUGGAUUUUGGCUCUCUUCUCUGCCUCGUUCUUGGAUCCCAGUGAGGUGGAAGAGCUGCAUGAUGAGCUCUUGGAGGGCUCGCCCAAGGCCACAGAGACGGCUGAGGAUGUGCCAGUGGGAGCAGAGGUUUGGGCAAGCUGGCCAGGUGAUGGGCGAUGGUUCCGCGCGAAGGUGACGGACGUGACAUCCAGUGGGGUGGGCAUCGCUUGGCUCCGCCGUGGCGCCGGUGAUGGACAGGAAGAUGAAUUCUUGUCGUCCACCGGCGGUGAUGAGCUGCUGUUUACUCGCCUUCCAAGCACUAGCGUGACAACGGCCAAAGAACGUCCGGAGCAGGCUGUGCUGGAGAAGGCAGAUCGAUGGCGCCAGCAGUUGGGCAGAGUGGAGGAGCUCAGCCAUCGCUUUCGAAACCUACGGACCGUUUGCCAGAAGUUGGCGCAAAGUGCGGCGGAGCCAAGCCUGGUUCGGGAUCCCUUGGAGGGCAUGGCCGAACGUUUAGUGUCCCUUCGCAAGAAGAGUGAAGGCCAUGUAACAGACUUGCUGGGGGCGGUCGAAGCGCGGGCCAGUGCUGGUGGUGGAAUCAAUGAGCAGCUCACCAGCAGCAGCGAGGGCUUCCAGGCCGAAAUUGAUUCCAUGCAGCAAGAGCAACAGGCCUUGCAGAGUCGGCUGAAUCAGUUGCAGGCGGAUCGACAGGAACUCCUGAAGAAGCUCCAGGCUUUGGACGAAGAGAUUGCCGUGGCCACCUCUGCCUAUCAAGCUGCUGCACAGCGAGAGCGGCAGGUGCGUGCCAGUGCCAAGCGUGUCGCUGGGGAGUUGAAACGGGAGCUCUCCCUGGAAGAGGUGGAAGCACGGAAGGUGGGCGACAGGCAGCGGUUGUUGAUGGAGGCUCAAGCAGCCUCCCGCGAUAUCGAGGACCUCAUUGAAAGCCGCACCGAAGCAGCUGCGGCUCGCAUCGCAGCACAGGAUCGCCUCCCUGAACGGCAAGCCAAAGCAUCAGCGCUAUGCCUUCAGUCCGAGAAGGAUCGGGCCAGAGCCUUCGAGGAGCUGCUCGCAGGCUGGCAUGCCGCUGUUUGGGGGCCCACCUGUCAGGACUUGCUUCAGGAGCCGGAGGCCCUUGCCACGCUGCGGGCGCUUCACGGCCGCGCCUCCUCCACGCUGCAGAAGGCGUGGAAGGAUACCGUGCAGUUGGCGGCGGAGUGCUUAGGCGACAACACUUUGCGCGAUGCCUCUGAGGAGAUCAGUCGGGCCGCCGAAAGGUACAAGGAGAUGAUGAAGGAGGUGAAAAGCAACUUGGAUCGAAUGAAAGCUCUGGAGGCUCAGAAGAAAGCUGCGCCCCGAAGCAGCUCGGACCCAGGACUCCUCACAGAGGUCGACUCCGCGCAGCCGAAGAAAGCGACGUCCGCACCAGGACCAGCUGCCCUCGCUGCCCCAGCGGCCGCCCAUUCGGAGUCCGCCGCUGCCGCCGCCGAAUGCGCGGCCCCUGCGAAGCCGGUGGAGGCUGAAGAGGAGGAAGAAGCCGAAUGAAGCCUCGAA